AUGUCUACUCCUCAAUUCUGGUCUACUCCCCUGCGGUACCUCCGCUGGGCCUCGCACGAGAAGCCCGCCAUCUUCUACUCCCUCAUCAUCGGCUCCAUGGGCCCCGUUGCGCUCGUCACUCUGCCCCCACUUCGCCGCGCGCUGGGUGAUGUUGACCCGGAGCCAAUUCCCAUGACAUACCCAAUCCCCAAGGGCCCCCGCGUGGUGCCCAAGGGUUACGAGGACUAA